CAGCCAUUUUAUCCUGGUUUAUCACAACACUUACGCUCCACAACUGGACCAGUGACCUGACCUGAGAAGAGGAUCAGCAAAACUGAAAAUACUUCAAGAUGUGUUGCUCGGGGUUCCUGAAAAUAAUGAUGUUCGUCUUUAACGGCGUCAUCUUUUUGGCAGGUGCUGCAAUCCUGGGUGUAGGGAUCUGGGUGACCGUAGACAGCAGCUCCAUGCUUGGUGUAUUAGCUCACAUUAAAGACGCACCACCUGAGUUGGCUCAGCUGGCUAAUGUGGGUUACCUGCUGAUCGCAGUGGGGUCCAUACUUGCUCUUAUGGGCUUCCUGGGCUGCUGUGGUGCCAUAACUGAGAACAAGUGCAUGCUUCUGACCUUCUUCAUCAUCGUGCUUCUCAUCUUCAUUGCUGAGGUAGCUGGGGCUAUUGUAGUUCUGGUGUUUAAGCCCUUGGCGAAGGAUAUUUUGGACAAUCUGAAUCAGAAGUUUGUAGAGGCCAUAAACAAAGAGUACGGAAACAAUGAAGACUUCACCAGUGUCCUGGACAGCACCAUGACACAGCUAGAAUGCUGUGGAUACAACAACUACACCGACUUCAAUGGAUCUCCUUUUCAAAAUGGCACCAAACUUUACCCAGCGGCUUGCUGCUCUGAAGAGACUUCAGAAAAGUGUGAUUUAAAUACUGCACAAAAACAGGACGUGCAGGGUUGUUUCAAUGCCCUGCUCAACCUGAUAGAGGAUAACGCUUCUAUAAUAGGAGGUGUGGCCCUCGGCAUUGCUGCUUUAGAGAUUGCUGCGAUGGUUGUGUCCAUGGUCCUGUACAAUAACAUUGGGAAGUAAUGACCAAAGCUGAAGCUAUAGCACUGAUGUAUGCACUUCUUCUUAGUAACUUCACCGCAGACUGAUUGCUGUCUUAUAGCUGCUUAUUGACACAAAUUCUCAUGGGCCAACUCUUCUGAAAAGUUACCAAUGAUUAAGUGUUUUAAGGAUUUUUUAGUAGGAAAAUUCAAAAGGAAAUUGAAUUAAUUAUAAUUCCUGUGAAUAUUGCAAGACAUCUUGCUAAUAAGACAAAGGAUGAAUAAGCGCUAAAAAGAAACGGUUAAUAAGAACUUUUUUUUUUAAAAGUCUGUUGUUGCCUAUUACCUUUAUUUAUUUGUAUGUUUAUAAGAUUUAUGUUGGAUGAAGUAUUAAUCAGAGCAUUGUCUCCCACACUUUUACACAAUACACACUCGUAAUGUCAGUUAGACUCCAGUCUAGUAAAGAUUUGAAUAUUUGCUUUUUGUUUACUCAGGCAAUAAAACAAAGAUUGUAUUUUACAACACUGCUCAUGAUGCAUAUAUUAAAUUAAUGCUGUCUUGUAAAACCUUGAACGUUUCAUCUACAGUUUCAAAUUGUCCUGUUCUAUUGGCUGCAUUUUGCUCCUGUUUUAAUUGAAAUGUUUCUGCCAACAGAACACGACAAACACAAUAAUAUCGUAAUAGAAAUAUUAUAUUUUCA